UCUGGUUGCUGCGAAUUUAGGCGCUCCAAAAACAAUGAGCCGCUUUGCUUUUUAUUUCCUUUUUCUCUUCUUGUCGGUAAAAAGCCCGAGUGUGAUUUUAUUCAUCUGCUUUGCCAUUUAUGUUUACGUUCAUUACAGGACGCGAUAGAGAUAGAAAAAAGCAGCGUGGCUGAAUGAGAUCAGAACUAUGGGGAUGAUGUAGGCGGUUUCUCUCAUCAGCCGCUCAUCUGUUUACAUACACGUCAAAGGCCUGUCGUCCUUGUCUCUACGGCUUUUAAAUGGCGUAAAAUCAAAGUGAUGGACUGUGCUGUUCCCAUCCCGGAGGACGACACCAGAAAACCAGGUCAGACGGGGGUGGUACCUUACCGGGCAGCGAUAAGAGCCAUUGGAUGGUUGAUAAGAGAUCCUAAUAAAGCAGAGAAACUCUGCUGUUCGCUACAGUCCAUCCUAACCUCACACAGACAGUUCUUCUUUGAUUUACCCUUCUUUGCAUCCAAAUGGGUCUCAUCCUUUCUACCUGGCCGAGGGGCCGAGUAGAUGACGAUGUCCCCCCAUCUACAACAGUUUUCCCUCUGCUGGCUGUACCGACCUCAUCCAGACUCACACUCACUCUGAGCUCCUCUGCAGUGUCUGCAGGAGACAGACGCUCACAGUGGAGCUCGCAGCACUGCUCACCGCACUUCCACCUUUCUCCCUGCAGGCAGAAAGCAACUCGCUCACCUGUUGAGCUCAGCAGUGAUGCAGUCAGAGCUGAGAUUGGAGUGAAAGGUGGGCUCCAUGUUUGGGAGGUAUCUUGGAACCCUGAUCACAGAGGAAGUCAUGCGGUCAUAGGAAUUUCGAAGCAGGACUCUCCUCUGCAUGGCUCAGGUUAUAAAGUACUGAUAGGUGGAGAUUCCCUGUCAUGGGGAUGGGAACUAAAAACCAAUCAGCUGUGGCAUGGUGGAAAACCUUUGGAUUGUUAUCCAUGUGAAAAAAAGAUGUUACACUCUCAGGCUACAGAAGACUUUGGACGCAAAUCCUCAAACUCACGGCACAGGAAAGAGCCAGAAACACCUUUAGUUAUUCCUGAGCGUGUCCAACUGGUCCUGGAUGCUGAUGCCGGGACUCUGGGAUUUGCUGUCAAUGGAAGUUUCCUUGGUGUUGCAUUUAGGGACCUUCCUGCAGGAGUGGAACUGUUCCCGGCAGUAAGCAGCGUUAGGGGUGGAGCAAGGAUUGAAUUACGCUAUCUGAAUGGGACCACACGUAACCCUCCUGCCCUGAUGGCUCUUUGUGGACUAUCAAUUAUUCAGAAUUUAGGGGAACAAAGGUUGAACCAAGUGGACAAACUGCCUCUUCCACCUUUACUCCACCGUUACCUGCUUUUUUGUUUCUAAUUCCAUUGCACAUUCACAUGCAAUUAAUAAUUAAAUAAUUAUUAAAUACAUUUUGGGUAAAGGCCCCAUACGAGCCCUAUAGGGACUCACUCCCUCAGCUGCAAAUAAUAAUGUAAUAAAUUUAAAUGCAAGUUUUG